UCAACAACCCGCAAACCCCGAAGUCCAGGGCUCUCUCGAGUCUCGCGACCCCCCCGCAACACGCGAUUCCCCAAGCCGAAGCAGCGGCAGCAGCAGCCCGAGCCGCCGCCGCUGAUGGCGUCUCCGUCGCCGGCUUCGGCGCGGCCGCAGCGCUCGCCCGACGAGGUGGAGGACAUCAUCCUCCGCAAGAUCCUGCUCGUUGCCCUCACGCCCCCGGCCAACCCCAGCCCCGCCGUCGCCUACCUCGAGCUCACCGCCGCCGAGCUCCUCUCCGAGUCGCGCCCGCUCCUCGCCCUGCGCGACGCCGCCGAGCGCCUUCUCAUCGACCGCCUCUCGCUGCCGGACCUGCCCGCCGCCUCCCCGCCCCCCUUCAACUUCCUCGCCGCCGCCUUCGGCCGCGCCGCCGACGAGGCCCGCAAGAUCUCCACCAUCCGCGACGCCGGGCUCCGGGCGAGGCUCGCGGCCUCCAUCGCGCACCUCCGGGGCCUCAUCCUCUCCUACGCGCGCAUCGUCGCCGGGAACCCCGACACCUUCCCCACGCCGCCAGGCGCGCCCCACCCCGCCGCCGAGCUCCUCGUCUUCCUACUCGCCGAGGCCGCCGACCCGCUCGACCCCACCCCGGCGCCCGGCGCCCCGCCGCCCCCGGGCUUCAUCGACGAGUUCUUCGGCGGUGCGGACUACGAGUCCAUCGAGCCGGCCAUGGGGGAGCUGUACGAGCGCCUCAGGCAGAGCGUUGAAAAGGUCUCGGCGCUCGGCGAUUUCCAGCGCCCGCUGCGGGUGCUUAGGCGCCUCGUGGGGAUCCCCAACUGCGCCAAGGCUCUGGUGAACCAUCCCAAGUGGAUACCCAAAAAUCAGAUCAUGCUCAUCGGGGAAGGAAGGGUUAUGGAGCUCUCCAGCGUGCUUGGGGCCUUCUUGCACGUUAGCGCCAUCCGUGACCGAGAGUUUGCCAGCAAGCCCGACGUCGGGCAACAGUGUUUCUCGGAGGCAUCUUCACGGCGGCCAGCUGAUUUGUUGUCAUCUUUCACAACAAUCAAGAGUGUUAUGAAUGGCUUGUAUGACGGCCUUAAGGAUGUUCUUCUAAUCCUCCUAAAAAAUUUGGAUACUCGAGAAAAGGUUCUUGAGUAUAUAGCAGAAGUGAUAAAUAAAAAUGCAUCCAGAUCUGGCAUGCAGGUAGACCCUUUAAAAUGUGCGAGUUCAGGUAUGUUUGUGAAUCUUAGUGCUGUGAUGCUCCGCCUAUGUGAACCUUUUUUGGAUAACAUGGAGUCAAAGAAGGACAAAAUUGAUGUCAAUUACCUCUUCUGCAACAAUAGAAUUGAUUUCAAAGAUUUGACAGCUAUAAAUGCUUCAUCAGAUGAAGUCUCAUCUUGGAUAGAGAGCAUAAACAGUGAGUGUGAUCAAAAUAAUUCCAGUGGAGAGGCUCGUUUUGUGGAAUCACAGGAAGCCACAAGCUCUGGCAAAAAUAGCACAGCUUUAGUUAGGUGCUCAAAGAAGGAGAAUUUCUCAUUUAUUUGCGAAUGUUUCUUCAUGACUGCAAGGGUACUUAAUCUGGGGUUGAUGAAAGCUAUAUCGGACUUUAAACAUAUUUCUCAGCAACUCUCAAGGUUUGAAGAUGACUUGGAAUCAAAUAGAGCAAUGAGAGAUCAAGGAGGGGGCUCACCGCAGCUGGAGCAAGAUAUAAAUCGCCUGGAGAAGAUCGUCGAGAUUCUAACACAGGACAAAUUUUGUUAUGAAGCUCAGAUACUACGAGAUGGUGCAUUCCUUCAACGUGCAUUAUCUUUCUACAGAUUGAUGAUACUGUGGUCAGUAGACCUAGUUGGCGGAUUCAAGAUGCCUUUGCCAUCACAAUGCCCCAAGGAAUUUUCUUGCAUUCCAGAGCAUUUUCUUGAUGAUGCAAUGGAUUUACUUGUUCUGACCUCUAGAAUUCCAAAAGCGUUGGAAAGCUUUGUAUUGGAUGACUUUCUCAGUUUCAUCAUUAUGUUUAUGGGAAGCACAUCUUACAUUAAGAAUCCUUACCUAAGAGCAAAGAUGGUUGAAGUUUUGAAUUGCUGGAUGCCACAAAGAAGUGGCUUGAGUUCUACAGCCUCGCUAUUUGAGGGGCACCAACUAUGUCUUGAUUACCUUGUCAGAAAUCUUCUAAAGCUUUAUGUGGAUAUUGAGUUCACUGGCUCCCAUACGCAAUUUUUUGACAAGUUUAACAUUCGACAUAAUAUUGCCGAGCUUUUGGAGUACUUAUGGGAUGUUCCCAGUCAUCGGAAUGCAUGGAGACAAAUAGCUAAAGAGGAGGAGAAGGGUGUAUACUUAAAUUUUCUGAACUUCCUUAUCAAUGAUAGCAUCUAUCUUCUUGAUGAGAGCUUGAACAAAAUUCUCGAACUGAAAGAAAUAGAGGCUGAAAUGGCUAACACCGUUGAGUGGGACCGCAGGCCUGCUCAAGAAAGAGAGGAGCGGCUGCGUGUUUUUCAUCAGUGGGAGAAUAUUGUUCGCUUUGACAUGAAACUGGCCAAUGAGGAUGUUGGGAUGCUUGCGUUCACUUCAGAACAAAUUCCAGCACCUUUCCUUCUCCCUGAAAUGGUCGAAAGGGUUGCGAGCAUGCUUAAUUACUUCCUCUUGCAACUUGCUGGUCCCCAGAGGAAAUCUUUGACUGUAAAGGAUCCAGAGAAGUAUGAGUUCAAGCCGAAGCAGCUAUUGAAACAGAUUGCCACCAUCUAUGUCCAUAUCUCAAGGGGGGAUAAGGAAGCUGUCUUCCCAGCUGCAAUCUCAAAAGAUGGUAGAGCAUACAAUGACCAGUUGUUUGCUAGCGCAGCUAAUAUUCUGUGGAGGAUUGGAGGUGAUCCCCAAAUUAUAAAUGAGUUUAUGCAACUUGCUGGUAAGGCAAAAGCUGCUGCUUCUGAGGCUAUGGAUGCUGAGGCCAUCCUUGGGGACAUACCAGAUGAAUUUCUCGAUCCGAUUCAGUAUACUCUGAUGAAAGAUCCUGUGAUACUGCCAUCAUCAAAGGUCACAAUAGAUCGGCCCGUUAUUAUCAGGCAUCUGCUGAGUGAUUCUACGGAUCCAUUUAACCGAUCCCACCUCACUCAAGACAUGCUGAUACCAAAUACAGAGCUGAAGUUGCAGAUCGAAGAGUUUGUCCGGUCCCAGCAGUCGAGAAAGCGAACAGCUGCUGAAUCGGAGAUUGGCGAAGCGGAUGGCGCUGCUGAUAUGGUUGAAUGAAGUUUGCCAGGAGCAGGGGAUGGACAUUUUUUUUUGUGGGGAAAAGGAGGGUGAUUAAUUUACACGAUAUUUCAUCUGUCCACAUCUAGUUGAUUUGCCAGCUUGUGCCCCCAUUGUCUCGAUUCUUUGUAAAUGUUGUAAGUGCACACUGCAAGUCUAAGUUGAUCCAUACAGAUCUAAUUAUAC